UGUGACAAUUACAACAAGUUACAAUAAGUAAGAGACCUAAUCCUCCAAUAUCAAUUAGUCAUUAUCAAAACGUGAGACAACAUUUCAUAAUUAUUUUAAGCCAUCAAUAUAUCUGGUAAUUAUUUUAAGCUAUCGCUGUAUUUGGUAAAUAUAUAGUGAAUAAAUUUGUAUAAUUAAUGAUCCAAUAAUAGAUUAGAGGAAACGAAAACAUCCGGGCAAAGAAGGAAAAAUAUGCUACGUGUCCUUGUAUACAGGGAACCACCUUAGUGGACCUCCUAAUCCGCGCCAAGUGGGAUGAUAUCUACUUCUCUGAAUUUAAUUUUUUACCCUAGCAGAGUAAGUAGAUAGUGGAUAGAGGUAAACUGUAGAUAUUUUAACCGAACUAUAGUCUAACCCAACCUCUUAACCAUGGUUAAUAAAGCAGUUUAUAUUGCUGCAUCCAUCAGCUUCUUCUGCAGGCAUGGUAAGGAGAAGCAGUAGUGAGAGACUCAAAAAAUGAUGAUGAUUGGCCGAUCACCUCACUCACAUCCGACCGUCCAAGUGCCUCCUUGGGAUGUUAUGGAUGAUCAGACGGUUGAUGUUCACUCCCCAUUCUCCGUUAGUCCUGAUUCUGCUUUCGACGCCUUGACGGCGUUGCAGCGUUACCUGCCGUCGAAUGUAAAUGAUGUCAUGUUUGAUUCUGAUGGGUUGGACAUUCCGGUGGACGCUUUCUCAUGUGAUAACUUCCGUAUGUAUGAGUUCAAGGUGAGGAAGUGUGCACGUGGAAGGUCACAUGACUGGACGGAGUGUCCGUACGCUCAUCCCGGCGAGAAGGCUCGCCGGAGAGAUCCUCGUAAGUAUCAUUACUCCGGCACUUCUUGUCCUGAGUUUCGUAAAGGUCAAUGUAAGAAAGGUGAUGCAUGUGAGUACGCGCAUGGCGUAUUCGAGUGUUGGCUUCACCCUGCUCGCUAUCGUACGCAGCCUUGUAAGGAUGGGACCCACUGCCACCGGCGCGUGUGCUUUUUUGCUCACACGCCGGAGCAGCUCCGUGUUCUUCCUCAGAACAGUCCACGAAGCCAUGCUGAGUUGCUUGACUCGUUCGACGGGUCUCCGAGUCGACUCGGAUUUGAAUCGUUCUCGUCGUCUCCGCUAUAUGACUCGCCUCCGGUGACUCCACGUGGAUCACUGAGUCUUAACUCUGUUAAUGGAUUGGCUGAAUCCAUGCGUAAUAUGCAAAUUGGGAUGGUGAGAGGUAUGAGUAGUACUCCUACCCCUACAUGGGGGUUACAAAUGGGUUCUCCAGUGUUUGGUUCACCACGGAGCCCAUCAGUGCUCCGACCCGGGUUCAUGAGCCUGCCAACAACGCCGACCCGGAAUCCGAUCGGCUUAGGACUGGCAGUGUUCGACCAGUGGGAGAAGAGUUGCGAAGAAGAGCCAGCUAUGGAGAGGGUAGAAUCUGGAAGGGAUCUCAGAGCCAAAAUUUAUGCUAAACUGAGCAUGGAGAACUCUCUUGACUCUGGUGCUCCGGAUGUUGGAUGGGUUUCCAAACUGUUGAAGUGAUUCGGGUUCGGGUUAUGAUUUGUUUUGCUGGUAAUGAAUUUUGGGAUCUGAGGCCUCUUGACUUUUAUUGUAAAUAUACAUGGUCAUUACUGAAGAUUACUGGUUGUAAAUAGCAGUUUCGGCUGGUGGAGAGAUUAGCCUUUUAAUCUCUAUUUUGUCUUUUUCUUAUUUGGGUAUUUUUUUAAUCUC